AUGACCGCCGAGAGUGGGCCGCCCCCGCCGCCGCCGCCGCCGCCCCCGCCGCCGCAGCCCGAGGCGCUGGCGGUUGUGAAGGAGGAGCGCAGCGAGGCGGUGGUGGGGGCCGGGGUCCUGGCGGACGGCACGGGCCGGGGCGCAGGCGGGCGGCGGCGCAAGCGCCCCCUGCAGCGCGGGAAGCCGCCCUACAGCUACAUCGCGCUCAUCGCCAUGGCCAUAGCGCACGCGCCCGAGCGCCGCCUGACGCUGGGCGGCAUCUACAAGUUCAUCACUGAGCGCUUCCCCUUCUACCGCGACAACCCCAAGAAGUGGCAGAACAGCAUCCGCCACAACCUCACGCUCAACGACUGCUUCCUCAAGAUCCCGCGCGAGGCCGGCCGCCCGGGCAAGGGCAACUACUGGGCGCUCGACCCUAACGCCGAGGACAUGUUCGAGAGCGGCAGCUUCCUGCGCCGCCGCAAGCGCUUCAAGCGCUCGGACCUCUCCACCUACCCGGCCUACAUGCACGACGCGGCCGCCGCCGCAGCCGCCGCCGCCGCCGCCGCCGCUGCCGCCAUCUUCCCGGGCGCUGUGCCCGCCGCGCGCCCGCCCUACCCGGGCGCCGUCUACGCGGGGUACGCGCCGCCGCCGCUCGCCGCGCCGCCCCCGGUCUACUACCCCGCGGCGUCUCCAGGCCCGUGCCGCGUCUUCGGCCUGAUGCCCGAGCGGCCGCUCAGCCCCGAACUGGGCCCCGCGCCGUCGGGGUCCGCCGGGUCCUGCGCCUUUGCCUCGGCCGGCGCUCCCGCCACGACCACCGGCUACCAGCCCGCCGGCUGCGCUGGGACUCGGCCGGCCAACCCCGCGGCCUACGCAGCCGCCUAUGCGGGCCCCGACGGCGCGUACCCGCAGGGCGCGGGCGGAGCGCUCUUCGCCGCCGCUAGCCGCCUGGCGGGGCCCGGCUCGCCCGCAGCAGGUGGAGGCGGGGGCGGUGUCGAGGGCACAGUGGAUUUCUACGGGCGCACAUCGCCCGCCCAGUUCGGAGCCCUGGGGCCCUGCUACAAUCCUGGCGGGCAGUUGGGGGCGGGCAGUGGAGGCUCCUACCACGCUCGGCAUGCGGCCGCCUAUCCUGGCGGGGUGGAUCGGUUCGUGUCCGCCAUGUGA